AUGGAUGACCAUUUGGCAGAUGGUCUUCUGAUGGAUGACCAUUUGGCAGAUGGUCUUCUGAUGGAUGACCAUUUGACAGAUGGUCUUCUGACAGACGGCCGUCUGACAGAUGGUCUUCUGAAGGAUGGUCGUCUGAUGGAUGGUCGUCUGAAGGAUGGUCGUCUGAAGGAUGACCUUCUUCUGUCAAAUGAAGCUCUCAUGUCGGACAACCGUCUUCUGGCAGAUGAUCUCCUUCUGGCAGUUGAACUUCUUCUGUCAGAUGACCUCUCUCUUUCAUAUGACGUUUGUCGCAUAGAUGGCCUUCUUUCAUAA